CCUGAUUAAAGUCCAGCACCACUGAACUGUGGCACAACCCAUAUAUAAGCACUGCAUAGCGGAAGCCUGACCACUGCCUAAGAGACAGAUUGGUAAAAUGAGGCCAUUUUUAAGAGCUACCGUUAUUACUUUGCUGUUGCUAAUGUUUUUCUUUCAGGACAGCGUCGGAGAAAAACAGGCAGAGAAGCCUGAAAGUUUGCAGAGCUUGUUUAUUCAACGGGACAUCUCCGCUGAGCUUAAAUUUCUGAGAGACCUGAUUACUCAGCAAGGAAUGAUGUUAGUGGAGCAACAGAAAGUAAAUACAGCACAAGCAAGUGAGUUGUCAGCUUUGAAAAAUGAGAUGGAUCAUCUGAAGAAAGAAAAUGCAGGUAGAACAAAGGUUGCAUUCUCUGCUGGUAUUGGACCACCUCUAAGAAUAUUAGGUCCAUUUAAUUCUGAGACAAAUCUGAUCUACAAGAAAGUCCUUACAAAUAUUGGAGGAGCCUACAACUCAUAUACAGGAGUCUUCACAGCUCCAGUCAGAGGGGUCUACUAUAUUCGGUUCACAGGCAGCGAGUACGGCAACACCAGCAACAACAUUGGAGUGAACCUGUACAAGAAUGAGCAGAAUCUGCUGCAUUUGGGUGAAAAUGGUUCAGACGGCCUUGCUAAGCAUAUUUCAAGUGGAGUCACUCUGGAACUGGAGGCAGGAGAUGUGGUCUACACUCGCCUCCCAGCACACUAUGUGCUCUGGGGUGGCUCCGACUUCCGCACUACUUUUAGUGGUUUCCUUAUCUUUCCCAUGUGAAAAAAGAGGCACAGCAGUCACUUACACUCCACCAUAAUGUCAUUAUCACUAUAGUGCUGAGAAAGAAUGACCCACCAUCCAAAUAAUACCUGCUCCUGUGGGCUUCUGACUACAGCAAAACAGGGGGUAUGUCCCCCUGAUGUGACACUACACACUGACUUUAGUGACAUGGUUUGUAACAUUUACAGUUUAUUAAAUGUUCUAUUUUAAACUUA